UAGGAGCCCCCCAGGGCCUGCAGCCCCCCUCCGCGAUGGCCUGCGAUGCCCCGACACGCCUCGACACGCCUCGACACACCCCGACACGCCUUGACACGCAUUGCCGUGCCUCCACACGCCUCGACACGCCUCAGAAUGGCGCGACACGCCUCCACACGCCUCGACACGUCGGGACACACCUUGACACGCCUCGACACGUCACCGUCCUGCUCGCGCUGCUGCUGCUGGGCUAUGCCGGAAUGGCGGCCGCCGAAGAGGCGUGGCCGUGCGGCCGUCAGCGGGAGUUGGGGCGCGUCGUGGGGGGCUCCUCCGCGCGCCCCGGGGAGUGGCCCUGGCAGGUCAGCCUCCAGCUGCGGGGGGGGCACUUCUGUGGGGGGACCCUGGUGACCCCCCAGUGGGUGCUGACGGCCGCCCACUGCUUCCAGGGACCCCACGGCCUUCGUGCGGAGCCGCGGGAGUGGCGGGCGGUGGUGGGACGUCUCCGUUUGGACGAAACGGGUGGUCAGGAGAAGACGGUGGUGGAGGUGGUGAUCCACGAGGACUACCGACGGGUGGAGGACGGCAACGAUGUGGCGUUGGCGCGGUUGGAGACUCCGGUGGCGCUUGGACCUCACGUGGGGACCAUCUGUCUGCCCGGAGCUCAGUACGCCUUCGCCUUCGGGACCACCUGUUGGAUCACCGGUUGGGGAUACGUCGCCGAGAACGUGUCGCUGCCGGUGGGGUCUCCCCUGCAGAAGGCGCCGUUGGAUCUCCUCAGCGCGCGCACCUGUAACUGUCUGCACGGCACUCUGCGGCAGCGCCAUCUCGCCCGGCCCGCCCGCCAUGGCAUGCUCUGCGCCGGGGGGCAGCGCGGCACCGGAGCCUGCCAGGCGGACUCGGGGGGCCCUAUAGCGUGCGUAGGGCCCGGGGGGCGCUGGGUGCAGGCGGGGGUGCUGAGCUUCGCGUUGGGGUGCGCCCGGGCUGCCGGUCCGGCUUUGGCCACGGCUUUGGGGGCGCAGACGCAGUGGCUCGAGGGGCGUCUGCCCCACAGCGCCUUCGCGCCCCCCGCGCCCCACACCGUCCCCCCCGGCCUCGAGGUGGGGAAGUGCCGCGGCUGUGGGAUGCAGGGGGGCCCCCGGCUGCGCCCCCCCCCGGUGCCCCCCAACGCGUGGCCGUGGGCUGUGGGGCUGCGGGGGCCGCGGCGGCGCUGCGGGGGGGCCCUCGUGGCCGAGGGGUGGGUGCUGAGCGCCGCCCACUGCUUCGUGGGAGCGCAGGACGCUCCCUCGUGGACGGUUCACCUCCUCUCGGCGCCGGCGGUGGUCCUUCGCGGUUCGCGCCUCCACCUCCACGGGGCCUUCGUAGCGCCGCGCGAGGGCCACGACGUCGCUCUGCUGCGCCUCGAGGAACCUCUGGAGCUCCAGGACAACGUCCGACCACUCUGCGUCCCCUACGGAGACCACCGGACACCGCCCGGACAACGCUGCUGGGCCCUCCUGGCGGCCAACGGCUCCGAAGGUCUCCUCAGCGUGGAGGUCUCCAUCCUGGAACGCUGUCCCACGCGUGGGAACGACCCUCAACCUCCCGACACCUUCUGCAUCUCCGUCCCCGAGGACGCCCGCGGCCACCAGGCGGAGCCGGGAUGGCCGCUGUUCUGCGAGGAGCGCGGCGUUUGGUUCGUGGCCGGCACGGCGAGCGCCGGGUUUGGGGGGGCAGGGGGGGACCCCCCACUUUUCACCGCCGCCGCCCCCUACGAGCGUUGGAUCGGCGGCGUCACCCGGGACGUCUUCUUCGCCGAUCUCCCCGAGGACGGCGACGAGGAGCACCCCAAAAGUUGGGACCCCAAAAGCCCCGGCAACACCACCGGCCGGGGGAACCCCGACACCUCGGGGAACCCCGAAACCUCAGAGAAUAUGGAGACCAUGGGGAACACCACCGGCCGGGAGAACCCCAACACCUCGGGGAACCCCGAAACCUCGGAGAACCCCGAAACCUCGGAGGAUACGGAGACCGUGGGGAACACUACGAGUGGGGAGAACCCCAACACCUCGGGGAACCCCGAAACCUCGGAGAACCCCAAAACCUUGGAGGAUACGGAGACCGUGGGGAACACCACCGGCCGGGAGAACCCCAACACCUCGGGGAACCCCGAAACCUCAGAGAAUAUGGAGACCGUGGGGAACACCACCAGCCAGGAGAACCCCAACACCUCAGGGAACCCCGAAACCCUGGAGAACCCCAAAACCUCGGAGGAUACAGAGACCGUGGGGAACACCACGAGUGGGGAGAACCCCAACACCUCAGGGAACCCCGAAACCUCGGAGAACCCCGAAACCUCAGAGAAUAUGGAGACCGUGGGGAACACCACGAGUGGGGAGAACCCCAACACCUCGGGGAACCCAAAAACCUUGGAGAACCCCAAGAUCCAGGAGGACUCUGAAGCCCUGGAGGAACCUGGGACCCAGGAGAACCCCAAAACCUCGGAGAACCCCAAGAUCCGGGAGCCCCCCGAGACCACAGAGCCCCCAAAAACCUCGGAGAACCCCAAGAUCCGGGAGCCCCCCGAGACCACAGAGCCCCCUAAAACCUCAGAGAACCCCAAGAUCCGGGAGGACCCUGAGCUCACGGAGGAUCGUGGGGCUCAGGGGAACCCCAAAACCUCGGAGAACCCCAAGAUCCGGGAGGACCCUGAGCCCAUGGAGGAUCGUGGGGCUCAGGGGAACCCCAAAACCUCGGAGAACCCCAAGAUCCAGGAGGACCCUGAGCUCACAGAGGAUCGUGGGGCCCAGGGGAACCCCAAAACCUCGGAGAACCCCAAGAUCCGGGAGGUCGCCGACCAUCAGGGGUCCCCCGAAUUGUAG